AUGGAAGGCCAAUCAAAUCGCAAAAGAACCAACUCCGGUUCAGCCAAUGAUCAAAAUAAUCAAGCAAGAAAGAAAGCCAAGAUAAGACAUGCCCGAGUUAUCCAUACGCAAAAUGUCAACCCGCAGCAUUCAAAACUGCCGAAGUUCUUGGACGUCGAAAAAUUCAUCAGCUCUAGAUCCUUCGAAAUUGGAGCUAUGGAACGGUCUAUGAAGCUAGCUCGAGAUGCCUCGGGCAAGAGAUCUUUUCAAACUUUGCCGAGACACCUAAGGAGACGAGCAGCCAGUCAUUUUGUUAGACGAGUACCAACCAAACUGAGGCCAAAAGCCCGUUUCGAGAUGAAGAAUGAUAAACCCAAAAUUUUGUCCAAAUCCGUUAAAAGUAAAUUGAGCUUGAAAGAGCACAAAAAUCGUGACAGAACCAAAACCUUGCUGAAGCGACAAGUGGAGAAGAAGUGGUUGAAGACUCACAUAUGGCACGCAAAACGGACCAAAAUGACUGAUCUUUGGGGUUUCCGAUUGGCCAAGACGCCAACUGAGAAAUGUUUUCGAACCACCUACCGAGCUGCUAGACAUGGAUUUACACUGCACGAUCUAUCUUAUUACACCCAUUUGAACUUGUCGGGCGAAGAAGAAAUAAUCAAGCAAACGUUGAAAACAAUUUGUGAUCCAACCGGGGUCGAUCCUUGCUCACUCAGGUUUACCCCGGGUCAUCGGGCUGCCGAAAUCCACUUGUAUUCGCAUCAAGGCUGGCCAUACUCUCUUAUCGGCCCUGCGACUUUACUAUGGCGCCCAGUGGCUGACUCGACAUUGUCGCCUAAGGGCCCUCUUCUAACCCCUUCACUUGAUGAAGCCAACAAUCAAACAUCUGACCGCAGCCCUUCUUCUGGGUCUUCAACCCAACGUACUGUCUUACUUCAGAUCCAUCCAUCUCUCAAAACUUCAACCACCGAGGCAAUUGCGCUGGCGUCGGGAGGGAAAGUAGCCGUUGAAGAACUUGCUGAACUAGGCUGUCUUGAGCUUGGUGGACCGCGGUGUUUGGAGAUGAUGGGGCGAGUUUUGACUGGAAUUCAAGAAGCCGAAAAACGCGAGGUUGAAAGUUGGCUGGACGCAGGAUUCAAGCCUAGCGUGAUACCGAUGGGGAUGAUAGUCGGACUUACAGUGGAUGAUCCCCGACUCAAGUUCCCGCCCAAGAAGAAGGAAAAAUCUGACAACUUAUGCCCGCUUCAGGCACAAGUUAUUCAACCUGUUAUUCGUUUGGCCAAGUGUGACAGAUUUUGGGACCGAUCGCAGAGUCAGAAAGGAAUCAAGUUCAAAAAAUCGGACCUCGACCAAAGAAGAGCCAACUUGGAUGUUCCAGGCAGUGGAUUGGAUAUGACAGAGGAAGAUGAUCAAAUCUCGAUGUUGCUAGUGCGAAUUGAUGGUGGUUGGAGGAUGAUCCUUCCGAACAAUUGGACGAAAGCAUUCUUUCACUCGUUCAUAUUUUCAUCUGCUCGAUUAGUUUGUCUCGAUCAAAGAGCACAAAUCGACUUCGAGGCCGGCCACCCAAGUUUCCCGAGGGAUUAUCCGACCUUACUUCCCGCUGCUGAACUUGCCGAUCAACACGGCUCAGAAGAGGCGAGAUAUUGGGCCCGUAAACCACCAGCCAAAAGGGUGAACUUUAAAUUGAUGGAAUCUAGAGGUGGCGAGGGCGGCGAUCCUUUCGUCCCAGACUGGGAUGUUGUGAUUGGCCAGAAAGGAAUUCAGAGGAACAAGCGAGGUGAAGUGAUGGAAGAAUUGAUCACAGAUGAGAUUGGUCAGAGUGAUUCACGUCAGCCUUGGCUCUUGAUCGGACCAUUGGUCCGCGUAAUCGUUAACAACGUGCAAAAACUGGCGGAUUCGACCCGGGAGAAGCAAACAUUGGAGACCGUGUGCGGGCUAGCUUUUCAAUUGAUCGACCGGAUUAUCAAGAAGCUCAAGGCAGAUCUACAGUGGGAUCAGACGAAUGACCUCUGCAAGGCCAAACAAUUAGACUCCGGACUUGUAAGAGUCAAAAUGCUUCCCACCGGUAAUGAUGGCAGGGCGGGAGUCUUAAAACCACUUGCAAGGUUAUAUUGGAAUCGGAACACACAUGAAAAUCCACCCAAGAGUCGCAAAAGAAACGACCAAACAGAAUUCAUUGGACUGAUUACUACUGGCAGUUUCCGCUUGUCGAACGGUUCCUCGAUUGGGUUCGGGGCAAUCUCUUUAAGAAAGUUGAUUCCGAUUAUCAUAUGUCAACAAUGGAUGAUUGAGAGUACUAGCGCGACGGUCAUCGAUCAAGGUAAAUGUCGCAAUCGUCAGUCACGAGAACACUCAGAUGGCCAAGGCGUGACUGAGAAUAAACGCAUCCAGAAAAAAACGAGCAGUUUUCAGAUCUCAUAUCGCAAUACAAAUCAAUUCGAACUCGAACCCGCUCGUAUUGAACUUGCCCAUUGA